CUCCGCGCACUCCUCCAUCCCCUGCUUCCCCUCCAUCCCCCCGCGCAUCUCUCCGCGCCUUCCCCCGCGCACUCCUCCAUCCCUCCGCGCAUCACUGCGCGGGGAUGGCGGAGCGGCCGCGCUUCCUCUGCGGUGUGGUGGAAGGUUUCUACGGGAGACCAUGGUCAAUGGAUCAGAGGAAACUUCUCUUUCAAUGGCUGCAGCGCCGGGGGCUGAACUGCUACAUGUACGCGCCCAAGGACGAGCUGAAGCACCGGCUGCUCUGGAGAGAGCCCUACACAGAGCAUGAGGCAGCCCGCAUGAAAUCCCUCAUCGAAGCUGCCCAAGAGCAAAAAGUGGAGUUUAUUUUUGCCAUUUCUGCUGGCCAGGACAUGGUGUUCUCCAGCGCUGGGGAUCGGCUCCUGCUGCAGCAAAAACUCAGGCAGGUGGCUGCCAUGGGGUGCCGCUCCUUCGCGCUGCUCUUUGACGACAUCGACCCCUGCAUGUGCCAAGCUGACAGAGAUGUCUUCCCCUCCCUGGCACAGGCUCAGGCCUCUGUGGCCAACGAGGUGUACCAGGAGCUGGGCCAGCCCUCAGUCUUCCUCUUCUGCCCUACAGAAUAUUGCAGCUCUCUCUGCUCUCCCAGCCCCAGCCAGUCCUGCUACCUGCAGACCAUCGGCCAGGAGCUGCUCCCAGGGAUCGGUGUCAUCUGGACAGGCCCCAAGGUGGUGUCCCAGGAGCUCUCAGCAGAGCUGCUGGAGGAGGUGGAGGCUGUCCUGAGGCGCCGCCCCGUCAUUUGGGACAACCUCUACGCCAACGACUACGACUGCAGACGUGUCUUCCUGGGCCCCUACAUGGGCCGUGCUCCUGGCCUCAUGUCCAGGCUCCACGGGCUGCUCCUCAACCCUAACUGUGAGCUCCAGGCCAACUUCAUCCCCAUACACACGCUGGGCACCUGGUUUCAGAGCGAGCUGGGCAGCUGUGCCCACCCUGACCAUGCAGGCAUGGAGGGAGCCCUGGGGGACAGCCAAGGUGCUGAGGAUGGAAGCUACAGCCCCCAGGAAGCCUUGGAGCUGGCGCUGCGUGAGUGGGUGGCCGAGAUAAACCAGCAGGCCUUGGAGCCAGGAGGAAGGACCCCAGGACACCCCAGUGUGAGCCUCAAGGGAGGAGCAAAGCUGCAGCCUGGCACAGCGGGAGGACAGGAGGUCACUCCUGACCCUCAGCCCCACAAAUCUGCUCCUGGGGCAGCUCCUGAGCCCUGUGGGGUGGCACCAGAGGAGGGGUGCAGGGAGGUGACCUCAGAGCCUGAGAGGGACAGUGGGAACAGGACACCCGCUGGCCAUCAGCAGAGCCCUGCAAGGGCUGGGGAGCAGCUCGCCCCAGGGAGCUGUGAGCCCUCCUCUGCUCUGCCCAGUGUGGCUGGGAGUGCCCAGCCUGGAGCAAUCCCAGUGGCCACCAAGACCCUCCCCAGCCCAAGCCCCACCACGAGCUCCAGCAAUGGGGCCAGCACCACUCAGAACGUUUCCUUGCCCACCAGUGACGCCAGGCCAGGGGAUGGCAGCCCUGUCCAGUCUCCCAGCAGCACCCAGCCUGAGGCCAUCAGGACUGAUGUGCCCCAGACACCCCCAGGACCUGGGGCUGGUGCCAGCCCUGGUGCCCCAGCCCCACUGAUGGAUGAGGUUGGUGCUCCAGUGACCCCAGAGGAGGCUGGGCCUGGCCCCAUGGCACCACUGCCCCCCAAGGAAGCCAUAAGCAGCUCCCCAGCACAGGUGACCCCAGAGGAGCCCAGGACCAGCCCCACGGCACCAGUGACCCCAGAGGAAGCUGGGCCUGGCCCUAUGACCCCCAAAGAUGCUAGGACCAGCCCUACAGCAAAGAUGACCCCAGAGGAGCUCAGGACCAGUCCCAUGGCACCAGUGACCCCAGAGGAGGCUGAGUCUGGCCCCAUGACCCCCAAGGAGGCCAGGCCCAGCCCCACAUCACAGGUGACCCCAAAGGAGGCUGAGUCUGGCCCCAUGACCCCCAAGGAGGCCAGGACCAGCCCCACAUCACAGGUGACCCCAGAGGAGGCUGAGUCUGACCCCAUGACCCCCAAGGAGGCCAGGCCCAGCCCCACAUCACAGGUGACCCCAAAGGAGGCUGAGUCUGACCCUAUGACCCCCAAGGAGGCCAGGACCAGCCCCACAUCACAGGUGACCCCAGAGGAGGCUGAGCCUGACCCCAAGGAGGCCAGGACCAGCCCCACAUCACAGGUGACCCCAGAAAAAGCCAGGCCCAGCCUCACAGCACCGAUGACCCCAGAAGAGGCUGAGUGUGGCCUUAUGGCACUGACGACCCCAAAGGAGGCCAGAUCCAACCCCACAAGCCCAGAGGAGGCCGUGUCCAGCCCUACAGCACCACUGACCCUGGAGGAGGUGCGGAUGCUGGUGGAGCUCUUCUACCUUCCCUACCACCACGGGGCUCUGGCACAGCAGCUCCUGGAGCAUUUUCGGUGGCUGCGGGCGAACAGCCUCAGCGUGGGGGUACCGGCCACAGCACCUGAUGCCUGUGGGGGCACGCGGUGGCGAGGCCGGGCUCAGUCCUUCCAGCUGCUCUGUGCACGGACGUGCCGCCUGCACAGCCGCCUGGUCAGCACCGCCAGCAGGGCGCUGCUCUACGACCUGCACCCCUACCUCUGGGACAUCCGUAACAUGCUGCUGGCCGCCAGUGCCUUCGUCCUCUGGCUGGAUGGUCACCUCCUCUGCGAGCCUGACCCCAAGGGCACCUGGGGGAGCUGCUUUGGCUGGUGCCAGAGUAUCACUGCCCCGAUGCUGCUGGGGAGGGAUGCCGAGCCCUGGGCACGCCGUGGGGGCCUCUUUGGAGAGCUGCAGGCACUGCUGCCCGUGGGGAACAGCUGUGACCUCUUCUACCAUCCACCCCCACUCUUCCCAUCCAGCCAGCUGUACCUGCUGCGCCCGCUGCUGCCCCUGGACAAGGGAGAACUUUACCGCAUGUGCCGGGAGAGUUUGGACUGUGAUCCCAAAGUGGCAGAGAUCCUCGUGGCCCACCCGGAUCUCCUCGGUGACAGGCUCCUGGGCAGUUUCCUCAGCCUGAGCCCCGAGUACACCUUUGUGCUGGAGGAUGAGGGUGGCCCGUGUGGCUUCGCAGCCGGAGCACUCCACGCCGAAGGCUUCCUGCAGCAGCGAGACAGCAGCUGGCUGCCAACCAUACGGCACAAGUACCCCCCAGACCUGGGCACAGGCGGCCCAGCUCUGGGACAGGAUGCCCUGGAGGAAGCAGUGCUCUUCUUCCACUCAGAGCCACUGGCAGUGCCCCAGCCCGUGCUGAGGCGCUUUCCCUCCCUGGUACAGCUGGGCACAGCCCCCCGUGUGCUGGAUGUGGGGGCCAGUCGCAGCCUGGCCCUCUGCCUGCUGAGUGCACUCAGGGCUAAUGGGUCACGGGGAGUGUUCUGCCAGGUCAGUGACACCGACAGGCAGCAGCUGAGCUUCUACAGCAAGCUGGGCUUUGUCGCCCUGCCGGUGGCCUGGGGCAGCUCUCCCGGCGCUCAGCUCCUGGGACGACUCCUCUGACUGUCCCAGGCCAGGCUGGUUCCCCACCCCAGGCCAGGCUGAACCCCCCCAUCCCACACAGCAUCGGCCUGAGCAAGCAGGAGCAGAGGGGCACCUCGAGAGGGGACAUGGGGGCGAGCAGGAUGUCACUGGUGCCACCUCUAUGCCACCCCAAGUGUUGCUGUUUGCUGGGUACCCUCCACCUUUGCUGGGUGUGCAGACCCUCAGGCCUGCAGGAGCUCAUGAGCAGUGUUUGGGUUGGUGGUCCUGGGGCACAGCACGGUGCCUUAGUGCUACAGGAGUGUCCUUGUCACGCUGGCUGGGCUGCCCAGCUCCCUCCAUCCCCCGUGUGGCCUGAGACUGGGCAGAGGGUGCUGGGGCUGGCUCUCGGCACUGAGGAUCUGCUUGUGUGUAUGGAUUGAUCUGGUAUAGGAUGUGGGGAGGCAGCUUCUUUUUUUGUGCCUGGGGCCUGAGGGAAGCGCUGUCCUUGGCAAUAAAGCGUUUGCUGGGCUCUCA